AUGGCUAAAGAAGACGAGAUCUCGACUCCUUCUCCGGCAUCUAUGCCCGUCGCGAGCCCGAACCCCGCCCAGAAAUCUCCUUCUCUUCCCCAGUCGAAGCCUCCCGAGGAAGUCCACAACGUCGGCAACAACAAUUCACCUGCCUCGCGAAAUGUGAAAAGUUCGGUGGACUUCGUGCGUGCCCAGCAUUGCAAAAUUUAUCGGAGGAGGGUUUCUACUGGAGAUACAGAACAAGAGUCAGACAACUGCUUCUCUGUCUUCUUGAAAGAUUCUAGUACAAAUGGGACUUACUUAAACUGGGAUAAGUUAACUAAGACUAGUUCUGAAGCGAAGCUACGGCAUGGAGACAUUAUCUCGAUAGCUUUUGUUCCUCAACACGAACACGCAUUUGCAUUUGUAUUUCGGGAAGUUCAAAAAUCCUCACGUGUAACUGAUUGCAGUUCCUUGAAGAGAAAACCAGAGGAAUAUGGUGCUGAUACCAAGAGAUUGAAAGGAAUUGGUUUAGGAGCUUCUGAUGGUCCAAUCUCUCUUGAUGAUUUUCGGAGUCUUCAAAGAUCAAAUACGGAACUCAGGAAACACUUGGAAAAUGAAGUUGCCACUGUUGAAUCAUUACGCGCUGAAAAUCGUGCAGCCAUUGAGAAGCAUGAAAAUGAACUAAAGGAGUUGAGAGAAUCCGUUGCAAAAUCUUAUCAAGAUCAGCUCAGUCAGUUGAACCACCAGUUGGAAACGAAAGAUAAGGAACUUGCGGAGCUAAAUAAAAUAUCAGCGGAGCUAAGACAUGGGAUUGAAGACCUUAAUGAACGACUCGGUGCAUCUAUACAAUCAUGCCUUGAAGCCAAUGAAAUAAUUAAUAGCCAGAAGGCCUCUUUAUCAGAACUGAAAGGUCUAUUAGAGGAAGAGCGUGAUCAGAGGAGAGAAGAGAGAGAGAAAGCUUCUCUGGAUAUGAAAGUGGCAUUACAGAAAGUUCAAGCUGAGGCUGCAGAGGAAAUAAAACGAGUCUCAGAUGGUGCUUUGAGACGGGAGAAGGAACAGCAAGAAAUGAUAAAUAAGCUCCAGGAGGCGGACAAGGAAAGGUGCUCAUUGGUGGAAACAUUGAGAUCCAAAUUGGAAGAUACAAGACAAAAAUUGGUCAACUCUGAUAACAAAGUGCGCCAGUUGGAAGGUCAAAUGCGUGAGGAGCAGCAAGCUUUCACUACUACUCAAAAAAGGGUUGAAGAACUGGAACAUGAAAUAAAAAGACUGAGGAAAGAACUUGAGCGUGAAAAGGCAGCUCGGGAAGAAGCUUGGGCAAAGGUGUCUGCUCUUGAGCUUGAGAUCAGUGCUGCUGUCCGGGAUCUUGAUUUUGAGAGACGCAGACUAAAAGCUGCCAGGGAGAGAAUUAUGCUCCGGGAAACUCAGCUUCGGGCCUUCUACUCCACCACAGAGGAAAUAUCCGUCCUGUUUGCAAAACAGCAAGAGCAGCUCAAGUCAAUGCAGAGGACACUCGAGGAUGAAGAGAAUUACGAGACCACAUCUACCGACUUCGACCUCACCCGGGCCGCCGAUGGCAACAGAAACCGCUCAUCUGCCGGAGACGAGGAGGAGGCUCGCCAGAGCAACACCACCGCCAAGGGCCGGGACGAGUUGUCGAGUGACGAGGCAAGCGUGACCGAGAAGCAUGAAUGCAACAAUGUCCGGAGCCAGGGCGAAAACGGGCCCAACACGCAGGAGGUAGAGUUUGUGGGCCACUUAUGGGAGGAUGGUAAGGGUGCGUUUGGCUCUGACAUUAAUGGUGUCGGCACACAACCCGAGCUCUCCCAUGGGGAUUUGAUUGGAACCGAACAAAUUCCAGGUGAGACCGAGCGGGUUCUGGAGACUGAGAGUCAAAACGUGAGGCAUCUUAAUUCAAAUAGUAAGAAGAAUAUUGACGAGGAUAAUGAGGAAAAUGGGAACAAAAAUUGUUCCCAAUCGAACAGCCCGGUUGAAGCUCGAGACACGAUGGAGGAAACAGAGGAUGGUGGAACUAUUAAAACGAACGAUCUUUUGGCUUCGGAAGUUGCCGGAAGCUGGGCCUGCAGCACGGCCCCCUCGGUUCAUGGAGAGAACGAGUAUACUCAUUCACCCACACACGAUUCGAGUAGCUUGGUGGCAGAGAGUCAACACAUACCGUUGACCAAGUCGGGGGGUGAUGCUGACCGGAUGAGCCACGAGCGCCGGGCGUUGAGCGAGAUGAUUGGCAUUGUUGCGCCUGAUCUGAAGAAGCAGUUCAGCCUUGCUGUGGGUCCCGACGAGGGGGUGGCAUCUGAUUCGGAAUCAAAGGGGUGUAAUGAUGAUGAUGGUGAUGAUGAUGAUGACGACGACGACGACGUGGACAAUGAAGGUCGGGACUCGGGUUCUGAUGAUGAUGAGACGAACGGUGGGAGAGUGAGGUCUGAGGAUAGAAUGGAGGAAGAUGAGGAUGAUGAUACUCAAGAAGAUUCGAUGGGGUGA